AUGGCCACUGGGCGGACUGUCCCCCGCCGAGACCUUGAAAACCAGGAUGGACCUCCAGACGGGUUCUGUCCAGCGCGGAGUGACAGGAGCCGUUCACCGAUGGAUCGACGGCCUCCGGGCGCAAUGCGCGACGACGAUCCGGUCCUGCCUUCUUCGAAGGAUCCAAAUGCACUGCAGAAUUGGUCCGAUGCCACUGAAGUUGGGGAUGGUGAGUUACCGUCAGCGGUUACCUUCUCCCCGCCUCAGAAUCCCCCUGUGACGCCGCCACCUGACAUGGAGGGUGUCGAAGAUGGGAAGGACCCUUUCACUCUUGUAACAUACCGCAAGAAUAGAGCAAAGGGGAUACCAGUUGUUUUCAAGCCCCUUCAGGAAAAUCUGUCAUUCUGGAAGGUGAAUCCCAACACUGUGGCCAAAGAGAUAUGUUCUGCAGCCCAAGAGGAAAUCCUGAGUCACCGUUUUAACCGUGACGGAAGCAUAUGUGUGUGUGUAACUUCUGAAGGAGCAGUAGCAAACCUGAUGGGCCUUAAAACGGUCGCCGGACUGGAUGUUGCAGUCAUCAUUCCGUCAUCGUAUCUGAACAACAUGGGUAAAAUUUAUGAUGUACCACUUGACUACGAGGACGAGGAUAUUGCCUCUUACCUGGCAGAGGAAGGUGUCACUUCGGCUCGCCGGCAACGACGUCAUGUCUAUACGGAGGGGGGUUUAGACUACUAUACGCCACUCAAGUCAGUAAUUCUUACGUUCAAAUCCAACAUGAAGCUGCCGAAGACUCUUCGGCUGGGGUUUAAUACUUACGAAGUAUCUGAGUACGUUGAAGGCCCCGUCCAGUGUUACAAGUGCCAACGUUUUGGUCACCUGGCGCGCUCUUGUCGAGGGUCAACACGGUGCAUGAUAUGUGCUAGGCCUCAUAAGUUUACAGAAUGCACUGCUCGGAGGCAGCCUAAAUGUGCCAACUGUGGCGGCCCUCAUGCCGCUUCUCACUCCAUGUGCCCAAAGAAGCGGGUGGCAACAGUGGCGCACCAGACGGAAGUCUUGAACCCAACAAGCCCAUCGCCUCCGAACGGCAGUUCGCGACGUGGCCAACAACGGCGUGUCGGCGCCUCGCGUCCCAAUCCAUACCCGGAACCACCCAAGAACGCUCGCGUAAAUGUCAUGCUGGCUAAGAGGACCCCCAGACAACUUACAACAGUUCAAGCAGCUACCAGUGUACCUGACGAGCAAGUUCAUGGCCCGCCAAGCAAUGGUGGUGUGAAUUCUCGUCCUCAAGUUUGCCCUACAUAUGCAGGAGUAGCUGGGAGAACCUCGAGUGUGGGAAACAAGAGUCCACCCAUGUAUCAGCGGUCGGAGCCUGAGCGUCGCGUCGACACAAAUGGCUUGGCCGAUCUUCUGCUUCCAUUGAUUUUCGCGGCACUCAAGGCCAUCCUGCAAACUUUCCCGAGUUCUUCAGAGCUCUCAGCCGUUAAGCAGCUUCUUGCAACGGAGCGUUUCCUCGCAUCUUACCAGACCCCCAUAUUGGCCAUCAGCGAAGCCUAUGUCAAAGAUGACUUUCGACUUAGCGGAUACCACAUAGUGCGAUCAGGAGGUGCGGCCUCGUCCAGAACAAUAUUGUGCGUACGAAGUGACCUGACUUUUGCUGUGCAGCCACGGACGCCGGGUAUUGCUGUGGACUACGUCACGUGUGUAGUACGCUUCCGUGACGUUUUGCUCACUGUGGUUAGCCUCUACGUUCCACCCUCAUCAGCCCUUACGAAACGUGAGGUGAAGCACCUUCUGGAAAACUUGCCUCCUCCAUUCAUUCUCGUAGGUGAUAUCAAUGCACAUCACCCAUUGUGGGGAAGUCGGAAAACGGACGCCAAAGGGAGAAUAUGGAGCGACGUCAUUGACGAACUCGAUGUGUGCUUGCUGAACGAUGGCUCCUCCACAUUUAUGCGUAGGGACUUCACCACGGAUGUCCUCGAUGUCUCUAUCUGCUCGAAAGAUGUCUUCAGAAAGGCGUCAUGGUCUACGGAUUGUGACGGGAGAGGAAGUGACCACCUUCCGAUAUACAUAGCGAUCCGUGGAUGCACCAUACAACGUGGCAAUAGGUCCGUUCGUCUGGUUAACUGGAAGGUGUUCCGGGAGCGAUGUGAGGUGUCAUCACAGCGGGAGAUGACCGCAGACCACUUCUCGGAGGUGUUGACAACUUCUCUUCGUGAGUCCUCCAGGCACGUACCUGUUGCAGCAGGACAUACGGGCUCUAGUCCCCAGGUGGAACAGCUACGUGCAUGCCGUAGAAGAGCUGAGCGAAGAGCUCGACGCACAGGUUUACUUUCCGAUAUUGUCGCAGCGCGUCAUUCACUUAGAGCUGUGCAACACAGGUUGAGAGCCCUUGAUCGACAGCGUUGGCGCCGGUUUUGUGAGACGCUGUCGCCCUUCAGCAGACCCGCCAGAAUUUGGCAAGUUGCGCGUAGCCUGCGCGAUGGCCUUCCACGCACCAAUCCACUGGGGUCACUUGCUCUGAUCCUCGACAAGUCUGAGGUCGACGUAGCUCUGGACUUCUGCGGAACUGUGGCGGCGGCUGCGGAAGCUGCGGGAACUGCCACGUUUCAUACCUACAUGGUUGAACUUCGCGAGGAUCUUGAUCGUAUAACGCUCCCGUCGAACGCACAGCUGGAUGCGGAUUUCUCUCUGCCAGAGCUUAAAACUGCCCUUCGUUUGUCCCGACCCAAAUCGUCCCCUGGUGUAGACGGGAUCACCUAUUCAGCUCUUCGAAAUCUUGGCGCUGGGGGCCUUCGAACUUUGCUGUUUAUAUGCAACAGCUCAUGGAGAUCUGGCCAGGUACCCGCAAGCUGGAAGGAAGCCAUGGUGGUCCCAUUGCUGAAGCCUGGCAAGCAUCCGUCGCACCUGUCCUCCUUCCGUCCAGUUAGCCUUACCAGUUGUGUCGGUAAGGUGAUGGAGCGGAUGGUUCUACACAGGCUGGAAUGGUGGUUGGAAAGGAAUCACGUUUUCCCUGAUGAGAUGGCGGGCUUCCGUCGGCACCGUAGCUCAGUUGACUCCCUUAUGGACCUUGUGACUGCUGUUGAAGUCGCCAAGAGCUGCAAGAGGAUUGUCGAGGCUGUUUUCCUUGAUGUCAAACGUGCCUAUGAUACGCGUGAUGAUCGCCUGAAAAGCAAUUCUCACUUGGCUGGAUCUUCCGGUUCUGAAACCUAUCCCUGA